CGCGCGGCCCGGAAGCGGCGGCGGCGGUUGCAUGGGCCGCAUCGGCUCGUGCGGGCGCGGGUCCAUGUGGAGGCUGCGGGCCGGGAGCAGCGCGCUGCGCGGCGGGGCCUGGGCGCGGAUCUCGCAGCGGGCCGGGGCUGAGGCCGAGGCCGCGGCCGCGGCCGGCAUGGAGCGCGCUGUGGUGCGCUGCGUGCCCUCGGAGCCCAAACUGAGCCUGUCGUUCGCGCUGGCCGACGGCAGCCACAAGCACAUGCAGCGCGACCAGAGCGAGCCGCUGGGCCGGGCGCUCAGCCGCAUCGCCACCAACGCGCUCAAGGGCCACGCCAAGGCGGCGGCGCGCAAGGGCCGCCGGGCCGCCGAGCCCGGAGCCGGCGCGGGGGCCGGAGCCGGAGCCGGCACCGCGGGCCCGGCCGAGCCGCUGGUCAAGCUCUACUACCGCGAGGAGGCCGUGGGCGACGACGUGCUCAACGUGGACGCGUGGCAGGACGGCGCCGUGCUGCAGAUCGGCGACGUCAAGUACAAGGUGGAGCGCAACCCGCCCGCCGUCACCGAGCUGCAGCUGCCGCGCUACGUCAUGGCCGGUUUCCCCGUGUGCCCCAAGCUUGGCCUCGAGUUCGGCGAGCCCGAGCGCUCGCUCUUCCGCUGGUUCCGCGAGGCGCGGCCCGGAGCAGCGGCCGGGGCCCCGUCCGCAGCGCCCCCCUCGGCCGCGGGGGACUCGCCGGAAGCGGAGGCCGGCGCGGGGCCCGCGUGGGUGGAGGUGGGCGGCGCGCACGAGCGCGUCUUCACGCCCUCCAACGCUGACAUCGGGCUGCGGCUGAAGCUGCGCUGCACGCCGGGCAACGGGCAGCGGCUGGGCCCGAGCCGCGAGCUGGAGAGCGCGGGGCCCGUGGAGGCCGGGCCCGGCGCGUGCACGUUCGACCAGCGCCACCUGUACACGAAGCGCGUGAGCGGCGACGGGCUCGUGCGCGCCGUGACGUACAACGUGCUGGCCGACGUGUACGCGCACACGGAGCACUCGCGCGCCGUGCUCUACCCGUACUGCGCGCCCUACGCGCUGGGCCUCGACUACCGCCUCAACCUGCUGCAGAAGGAGCUGAGCGGCUACAGCGCCGACGUGCUGUGCCUGCAGGAGGUGGACCGCGCGGUGUUCCACGACAGCCUGGCGCCCGCGCUCGACGCCUUCGGCCUGCACGGCCUCUUCCGCCUCAAGCAGCACCAGCACGAGGGCCUCGCCACCUUCUUCCGCAGGGACAAGUUCCGCCUGCUGGCGCAGCACGACAUCGCCUACCAGCAGGCGCUGGCCGGGGACCCGCUGCACGGCGCGCUGCUCGAGCAGCUGGGGCGCUACCCGCAGGCGCGGGACCGCGUGCUGCAGAGGUCCUCGGCGCUGCAGGUUUCAGUUCUUCAGUCUACAAAGGACUCUUCUAAAAAGAUUUGUGUUGCAAACACUCAUCUCUACUGGCAUCCAAGAGGUGGGCACAUUCGUCUCAUUCAGAUGGCGGUUGCCUUGACUCACCUGAAACACGUGACCCACGAUCUGUACCCUGGCAUCCCCGUCUUGUUUUGCGGGGAUUUCAAUAGCACGCCCUCCACAGGCAUGUACAGUUUUGUCAGCACAGGCAGCAUCUCUGAGGACCAUGAAGACUGGACCUCCAAUGGGGAAGAGGAGCGCUGCAACAUGUCUCUCACCCAUCCCUUCAGACUGAAAAGUGCAUGUGGGGAACCUGCCUACACUAAUUACGUGGGAGGGUUCCACGGAUGUCUAGAUUAUAUUUUCAUUGACUUCACUGCCUUAGAGGUUGAACAGGUGAUACCGAUGCCAAGUCACGAAGAAGUCACCACCCAUCAGGCCUUACCCAGCGUCUCACACCCCUCUGAUCAUAUAGCCCUUAUUUGUGAUUUAAAGUGGAAAUAGACUGGACCUCAGCGUGGCAGACAGUUGUUGAGUCAAAAAAAGGUGUUCAGUUACUUAGGAUCUAACUUGAAUCAAGGCCUACGUUGUAACCUUGACAAGAGGGGAACAGACUGAUUAUGGGAAAAUGUUCACACUCUUACCACUGGCUCUGUUCUAACCUCGUUCUUCAUUGUAUGUGACAUCUGCAUGAUUCCUUCUUCUCUCUUCUCAACAGAGGGGGAAGAAAGCAAAUAUAUUUAAAACUGGCACAAAAAUUGGAUGAUCAUAUAUCUUUUUAAUAAGUGAUUUUUAAACAGUGAUCAAGAGGUUAUUUUGUCUUUUUAAGAAACCUGAGUGAUUCUAACAGGUUUUGUAAAAUAGUGUACCUUUUGAACGAUAACCAUGUUUUUUAUAAUUAAGGGAGAUAAGUUGUAACCAGGUACAAAGUGAGAGUGGCUAGAGGAGGAAAGGAAGGAAUGCUAUCAGGUCUCACCCUAUCUUCCUCUGGAUGACCCACUUUAAAAAAGAAGAGCUUUGAGAAUCCUUAAGUGUAUUGUGACCUAUGGCCAUCCCUUCUUUCCAUCUCACCUCUCCAGUUCUGAAGCCGAAACGCAGGAUCUGAUAGGGCUUUGGUUUCUGAUAACCAGCUGCUACAGGAGCUGUAUUCCUGAAACCAUUCUUAGUGUGACCAAACAAGUUAGCACCAGUAAGAAGACAUUCCUCAUUAAACCUGUGAGCUAGUAGACUGGAGUCAGCAGUCAUUGGCAGGCAGCAACUGCGCUCUCUCAACCAUAAAUUCUUUGUGAAGUUUAAUGUUAUCUGGAAUUUGGCUCUGCAGGCCAGUGUUAAGGCAGGUCGGAUGGAAGUCAGAAAUCUUAAUGCCCUGCUGAGGUGGACUGAAGUUUUUAGAUAAUUUAUUUAAGUUUGAUGUUGGAAGUGUAGCCGGUGGGUUUUUCUUAAUAAUGUCUACAAAUCAGAAUAGCACUACUAAGAAUGUGUGGGACAAGUUAAUAAAACUAAACAAGCCUAUGGAUUGUAGGAACAUCCCAGAUAGAGAAGUCACCCCUUGCAAAAUCUUAGCCAUGAAGCCCAAGUGCCCUGCUUUUUCAUUUGAGACAGAUUUAUUUAAGUUUGAGGCUGGCUAGCUCCUGUUUGCUGUUGGUUAUGUUUAUCAUGAGGCUGCGGCCAGACUUCACCAACAAGAUGUCUUCACCUGCAGGAUCGCUCUCGCCUGGUGGAGGUGGUCUGCACGGCACAAUGAGGCUUUGUGGUAGCAGCUUCCUGCUUGGGUUUCAUUUUAGCUGUUGAAGGUACUGAUUCCCCAGUGCUAGAGGAUCUCCAGUGUUUUCUAUCUGAGGGGGAAGUAAUAGCUUGAACUAUUGGUUCUACUUUUGCCAUUGAGCCUGGAACCUUAACUAGGACUUAACUCUUUUAUUGGUGUUUUGUUCCUUCAUCUUCUGCCUGCUGAAAGUGCUCAUGAUUUGGGGUCAUAAGCUCCCAGGAGAUCAUUGGAGGUAGGUCCCUACCUCCAAACUCCUCCUUCCCUAAGGACUUCCUAGAGGCCCAUCCUGUUGUAACUUAGAUCAAAAUCACCAUAACCAAACCAAGAGCCGGUGUGGCAAUAUGGCAUGUUAGAAGGAGGAAUCUGGAGCCAAAGGACCUGAGUCCAAAUCCUACCAGGAUUUCCUCAGGCAAGUCAGGUAGCUAAGUUUCAUUUCCCUCAUCUAUAAAAUGAGGGUGUUGGACUAGAUCCUAACUAUUGUGGGUGGAAGGAGAGAUUUAGGUUUCUGUAUUUUUGUCUCCUAAAUAAAAAGGAAUGCAGGAAGAGGCUUAAGAUGGUAUUUUCCUGUAGUUCUAGCCUAUACCACUGUAAAUGUAAAUUCAGUGUCUCUGAGCUGUUUGCUUCCAGAAGCAUGGAGAAUGGAAACGUCCUGCUGAGAGGUGACCUGAAAUCUCUCGGGCGUUUUUCACAUUCAAAAGUGUACAUGGGUUUAUAUAUAGGCAGAUGGGAUUCUCAUCCUAAACAGCCUGGCAAACUUAACUUCGGGUCCAACAACUCCAGCCUAGGCAGAUCUGAUGGCAGCUUGUCUACUGAGGCUUUCCAGGUAAAACUCUCCAAGUUUGUGCUCUUCUUCUGAUCCAGACAUGCAUUCUGUCUUCAGCCUGUUUUUUCCUGAUGGUUUUAUCUCAUUUUCUCCAGAAUCUUCCUACAAGAAAAUGCAUUAAUACAUUGUGCUACAGGCAAGGGACACAGGAAGAUAACACAAGAUAUCUUAACUAACACCCAGUUUUGUAGCCAUACAAAAGUUAAGUCAGCUACCAUUCAACCUGGUAUGUGCAGGAGUUUGCAUAUGGAGAUAACGAAGGCUCUUUGUAGUGAGUAGGAAGACUGUCACUGGCAUUUCUAGGUGUGCUGAAAUUCUGUCUUGCCAUUAAUGAGUCAUAAUACCUUAUUAUUUAAAAGGGGUCAUUAAUAAUUUUGUUAAGUUUUAAAUGUGUUUUAUGCCUUAUUCUCACUAAAUUUGAUUUUAUAGUAUGUUUUAAAUUUGAGUAGAAGAAAGUCAAGCAAUUCUUUCCAGGAUAAACCAGGUUUUAUAAUAUCAGAAAUUAUCACCAAAUAGAUUAACCAACUAAAUUUUAAAAAAUAACUGUGGGUUGAAUUCAAGUGGUUGAAAAUGGCACAAGAUGGAUUCUGUUCCCAAGCCACUACAAGAAAACCAAUGAGCUUGGUGACUUUGAGGGAGUUUCAAUGAAUUUAUAAUUUAGUAGAAAGCACAGAAACACUUGGUGAGACUUUUUUAAAAUGUCCGAAUUCCUUUCUGGUGAUCUUCUGAUUUAUAAAUGGGCUUUCAGAAAACAACACUAAAAUCAGGUCUGGUCUGAGCCAGGGGUACUCAGUUAGCUUGCUCUAGGCCUUUGAAUUCACCAGUUUCAGACAUUCUGAUUUACCACCAAGCUGUACUACCUAUGUUUUGUCGUCCAUAAAGCAUGCUUGGACUAGGUAUUCAUAUCUGUUGUUUUCUGAUUUUAAUUUUUUCUAUUGGUUGUAAAGAAUAAAUAGUGAGGGAUCGUUUCCUACUCUGCUUUCUCUCUAGGUGUGGCCCUGCUCAAAUUAAUUCUUUAUAAACUUCAUAUCCAUCAAGAUCUUUUUGCUUCUUUUUGUAUCCCCAGCAUGUAGCACAGUGCCUGGUGGCACAGAGUAGGCACUUAACAAAUGUUGAUUGACUUCAUGUCCAUAUUCAUUGAGAACAGACUUGAUUUGGAGGCACUGCAGGGGCUUCCCUCCUGAGGGACAAGGCUAGGCGUGUACUUCAACCAUUCCAAUUGGCGUAUGAUUCCAAGCAGUGGAGAAGAUAGAGCUCUCCUUACUGUGAAAACUAGCCUAGCCUGCCUGGCACAAUGUCGGGAUAAACCAGAGAUGCCCGUGGGCCAAGGGGUAAGAAAGGAUGCAGCAGUAAGAUACGUUCAAAGAGCUAUGCAGAAGAGAAAGUAACCAGAACUACUUUACCAAAUAGUCUGAUUUUUUGUUUUUAUCUUUCCCCCAUUGUAACAUUUUUAUAGAGCAUGAUAGAUUGCAAUCCGUCAGCAAGUUUUAGUUUCUUGGUGGAGGUCAGGGUCCAUCAGAAUUACUAACAUCUGUAGAGUGGGCAGGGUGGCGGGGUAGCCUUGGACUUAAGAUCAGACCUUGCCUCUGACCAAGUCACUCUCUCUUAACCUUAACUGGUCAUCUGUGAAAUGAGGGCUAGAGUAGCUACAGACCCAGUCAGUGGGGUCGUUGGGCCCGAAUGAGAAAACAGAAAGCACUUCGCACAUUUUAUUAGACAAAUGUCAGCUGCUAUUCACAAGAUAGAAUCUUAAACACAGCUGAUGUUUAGGGAAAAUGAAACUGGGAGCUUUAUCCUAAAACUGGCCCUUAGCAAGUACAAGACAAAACCCUUUGGGUUCUGUAGCAAAAGUGUAUGUUCUGUGUAACCAGCGUGAACUGAGAGAUACAGGACACUUUAAGAACGAAUAGAAAAAAUCUGAAGAGCGUAAAGUUUUUUGGCAGUUAAUAUUCAGGGCUAUAUCACCCAACUUGGUGCUUUCCUCCCAAAGGGCCCUAUUUUCCACUUCAUUUCAUAAUGAUGUAGUUUAUGGCAGGUUGGGAAAGGACAAUUUAGUUUUCCUUGAUCAACUAAGUCAGGGUAGGGGGAGCACAGAUUGAAAUGAGUUACAUUUUUGCAUCCUGUAGUAUUCGAAAGUUGUCUUUUAAGAUAUUAGCAAUCCCCACCCGUCUCCACCUGCAAAGUAGGAAAUGCAUCUGCCUUAAUUUAAUCGACCCUUCUCCACACGUGCCGGGUGAGAUGACCUUGUAACAUGUUCAGAGAAGUUAGUGUAAGAGAUUUAAACAGGAAUGUAGUUGUGACCAAAACCCUAAGGCCUGCAACACGUGGACAUUAAAUUAGUUCCUGGAAAAAGAAACAAGACUGUCCAGGCAAACAAGAAAUGCUGCUGCCACUGCCUAAAAACCACUGGGCUGAGGCUGCCUGGCCAUAUCCCUGGUCUGAUCUUACCCAGCCCUUUCUCAAUCUGCUUUAGACAUGUCAGUCUCAGCCCUAGUGUCAGGGACUCUGCGGGCUGCCCCAGUACCCUGCCUUUCCUGGUUGUCCACAUCCGUCUUUUACGUUGCACUCAUCUCCACUAAGAUUAUGUUAGAACACACGAAGAAACUCAUUGGUUUAUGUGGGGACUUCCCAGCAUGGUCAGGCCUUGGGGUGAGAGAGAUGGGACCUGUCUGACCUAUAGGACCAUCAGCAAGCUACUCAAUCUGCUUAGGUCUCUUUUUUCUCUUCUGAAACAUUAGCUUAGAUGCCCUCCCAGGCGUCUUCCAACUCUGGGGCUACAACCCUAUGAAAUGACUUGCCCAAGAUCACAGAGUAAAAGGCAGAAUUUGAACUUCCUGCAUUGAGGUUCAGCAUUCUAGCUGUUGGUGGGAGGAGGGAGCUUCAUCUAGUCUCUGGUGUGUCUACGUAAGGUUGGCUUGGUCAGGAAUCUUGUUAUGAGACAAGUUCCUAAAGACUCCUUUAGGAAAAUGGAAUCAUGUGAUCCAAGUGUAAGCCCAUGCCAUCCGAUCUGGACACAGGGAGGUGAUCCUAGGACCUUGUUCUGUGUAAUUGAACUGUCUAAAAGCCAGUACUUACUCCCUUGGGUAAGAUAACACACUGGAAGGGAUAGGAGUGAAUUUUCCAGGCCCUGAGUUUUCAUAGUCUUGGGUUGAGAUAGGUGAUAAUCCAAUCGUGUCAUAAUAUGACAGAUUUUUAGUUUUCAUUUAUUUGCUCCCUUUCACAAUAUUAAUAUUUGUGUCUCUGUAGCUUUGCAAAAGCACUUAAACAUUUUACAUGUGUGUGCUCCUCUCAUUUUAACUGAAGUAUACUGAUUAAACAAGAAUUAGCAGGUAUAGACAGAGCUGCUUCAGUUUUUACUUACUCUUUAUUUAUACUCACUUGAGAAUGCUUUCCAGAGAACGUGGUCUUCCUUCUCCACAACCAUCUCUUUUGUUGAGCUUUCUAUUAGCCUUGGUGAUGGAGACAAAGAUAUAAUUUAAAAAACUGACAAGGAAGCAUGCUGCAUUGGGUCUAUUACAUUACAGAACAGUCUGAUCCAAGUUCUUGGGCUUCCAUUGCCCAUCCUUAGGUAGAAGUCCUAAUUGAGUGAUUCUAAAUUAGUGAGCAGUAAAGAGCCCCCCAGUUCUAAACAAUCCAGGGGAAACACCGCUGUCCUUGGGUUUCAGCCUCCCUCGUCCCCUUCAUUAAAAAGGCCCAUCUCUAGGAAUGGUAGGACCAUAGGAAGCACUUCAGAGAUCAUCUGGUCUCCUUUUACAGAACAAACACCUUAGUGG